AUGUUUCUGCGACGACUAGGUGGCUGGCUACCUCGGCCCUGGAGCCGCCGGAAACCAACGAAGCCUGACAUGUCUGCCCCAGAACCCAGACAGAUGGACAGCUCCCCAGAGAAUUCAGGGAGUGACUGGGACAGUGCACCUGAAACCAUGGGAGAUGUGGGGCCCUCUAAAACCAGGGACUCAGGGCUACAGAAGAGCUCGAGGACUGCUCCAGAUUCAAGCAGGACCCCCCUAGUAGCUCAGCUAGGGAGCCGAAGAAUGGAUUCCCUCAAGUUGGAAAAGGCAGCCACUGGUACUGAAGAGUCUGGAGGGGCCAUUCCCAAACUGGGACAGGAUCCAGUAAACCCAGGUGGUUCCAGGAGAUCUGGGGUUCCCCCUGAAGGGGGACUAAGCCCCCCUGAGCUGGAAACUCCGGUGGAGAAGUCAGGUCGACAUCAGAAGUUGCUGGGCUGGCUACGAGGGGAAUCAGGUGGUGGUACAGCUGCGCCCCCAACAUACCUGGGGAGCCCAGAGGAGCGGCUGCAGAUCUCCACCAACCUGACCUUGCACCUGUUGGAGCUGCUGGCCUCAGCCCUGCUGGGCUUAUGCUCUCGACCACUACGGGCAGCACUGGACGCGUUGGGCCUGCGUGGGCCAGUAGGUCUCUGGCUGCAUGGGCUGCUGUCCUUCCUGGCUGCCCUACAUGGGCUGCAUGCUGUGCUGAGCCUCCUUACUGCCCACCCUCUACACUUUGCCUGCCUUUUUGGCCUCCUGCAGGCCCUUGUGCUGGCUGUCAGCCUCCGGGAUCCCAGUGGAGAUGAGGAGGCCACUGACUGGGGAGGUGAGAGGUUGGAGAAGGAGGAUGAAGAGCAGAAGGGAGACCCAGGAAAGGGGCUUUGA